AUGGCCAGUACGUCAACCUCAGCCAGUUCAGAGGCCCUAGGUAAAGAAAGAGAGAUUUUCGAUCGCCUGUUUCAGCUUGACGAAGAAGAUGUUGGUUGGAUCAAGAGACGCAUCAACAGGCACAUUGCAGCCUGCAAACGAUAUGCCAGCGAGAGGCCGCCUCGAUGGAGGGAAGCUCUGCGCGAGGCCAAUGAGGCUUCCACGAUCGCAUUUGCUGAGGGCAUGAACGGCAUCGACUCCAAGAUCAACUUUUACAUAGCCCACUGUUACAAGGGAAUGGGCAUGUGGCGGGAAGCCCACCAAUUCUACAUGAACAGCACCGUCGAUAAUCAGGAUAUUUACUGGCUACAGGGGCUACAGUCAUUGAGCAGGCAGAAGAUGGAGGCUAUGGAGCUCAGGCGGGUAAGAGGUUCUGGCAAUUUGCGCACGGCUUAUAGUGACAUGACAAAGCUAGGAUAG